AUGGCAGGAACAGGAGUUCCGCCAAUCAACAUCGAGGGCACCGCUGAUUGGUCAUCCUUGAGUAGGAUGAUGAACAGCAAGGGGAUUCAAUUCUCCAAAGCGAGGACGGCGGGUACCAGUGUGAAGGUAUUCACAAAUACACCAGCUGACUACCGUCAGCUAGUCGCACUGCUUGAAUCCAUCAAGCGGCCCUUCUUCACAUAUCAACUGAAGGAGGACAGGAUGGACCAGAGGGUCAUUCGUGGGCUUCCGAGAGAGAUGUCAGUCAAUGACAUCAAAGAGGAUCUGGUGAGCCAAGGCAUCGCAGACGCCGUGGUUCAGCAGCUGACCUCAAGGACCACAAAGAAGCCACUUCCGCUCUUCCUCGUCAAGACGAAGAUGCCGGAAAAGCUUGCAGAGAUCCAGAGGCUGGCCAUGCUCACGGUCAGCUUCGAGAGGAAGAAAAAGUCUUCCGAGCCCAGCCAGUGCUACCGCUGCCAGCGGUACGGGCACACACAGCGGAACUGCCGUCUCGCUGAACGGUAUAUGGAGAAAUAG